AUGUCUACCAAUAAUGUGGAUUUAUUGGCCUGGUGGAAAAGUAAUUUCGGAGCUGUGGCACCUGAAUUGACAAAAAUUGUGGUAAGAGUUCUUUCUAUUCUUACCUCAUCAGAUGUUACAAAUGUAGGUGAAGAUAUUGAUGAUAGUGAUGAUGACGAUAAUAAUGAUGGUGAUGAUAAUGAUGGCAAUGUUGAUAGUGCUGAUAAUAGUGAUAUUGACAGUGAUGAUGAAAAUGAAUUAUCU